CUUUUCACUGUGCAACUUGUUGUUCAGUUUUGGGACAAACCAAGUGAAUGAAAUGGAUUUUCCUUUGAUCUGCUGUCAAAUGAUUGAUAAAGUAUUGAUUUUUUUAAGCUUGAGAUAUUUACCAUCUUUGCUUGUAACUUAACAAAUGAUUUUCUGAUCCUGACAUGAGAGAUGACUGUGGCACCUCACCAACCAUAUGUAAAGCUUACAAGCAAUAUUGUUACACUCCUGGGAGGCAAGAGUAUUUGGAUAUGGUGACCUAUACUGCUCAUGUUGGGCAUAACCAUCCGCUCAUUGUAAGUGCUGGUCAGUCUCAGCUCCGGCAGCUUCUGGCUGGACAAGGCUUCUACAGCCAGCCUCUCCUAGACUUGGUCAAAACUCUUCAUUCUAUUCUCCCCAGUUCUCUAAAGCAUCAAUAUGUUAUAAAUUCUGGGUCUGAAGCAAAUGAUUUAGCUCUUAGGUUGGCCAGGAAUUACACAAAUGGUGACGACUUCAUUGUGUUUGAAGGGGCUUACCACGGCAGCCUGAGCAACCUUCUCGACCUGAGCACUCCUGCCCUGGAGUUGCUGCAGCUCCAGAAGUCUCCUGAGACGCACAUAGUGCACCCCCCAGACCUGUACGGUGGACCCUUCAGAGACGACGACCCUGAUGCCUGCAAUAAGUACGUAGCAGAAGUGGAGGCUGCCAUCACAGAUAUAAAGGAGCGCGGGGGCAAGCUAGCAGCCUUCAUCUGCGAGCCAAUCUCUGUGGCAUGCGGCGCGCUGGUGCCGCCCAGGCUGUACUUCAAGAAGGUCUUUGAGCUGGUGCAUCAGGCAGGUGGAGUUGUGAUCGCAGAUGAGACGGGCUGCGGCAUGGGGCGUGCUGGCGAGCACUACUGGACCUUCCAGCAUUUCGACAUCGUGCCCGAUAUUGUGACAGUCGGUAAAUCGAUUGGCAAUGGUUUUCCGCUUGGCAUCGCCAUCACCACUAAAGAAGUCGCUGAUAGUCUUGGUGAACACUAUUCGACGUUCGGAGGUAACCCCGUGGCUUCCUGCAUCGCCAAAUCUGUUCUCGAAGUCAUUCAUGGCGAGAUGAUGUUGACGUCGGCGCGCAGCGUUGGCAAGUUUCUGGUGAGCGAGCUGCGCAGCGUACAGGAGCGCGUGCAGAGCGUUGGGGAGGUGAGAGGACGCGGCCUGUGCCUCGGCAUCGUCAUUGUGCGCGACAAGGAAACGCGGCAACCGCACCCUCAGCUCGCCAGGAACAUUGUUGCCAGGCUAGAGAGAAAAGGUUUCCUAGUGUCACGAGGAGGCCUACAUAAGAACGUGUUGCUGCUGACGCCCCCGCUGUGCAUCACACAACUCGACGCCCGUCAGUUCACGGCAGCCUUCGAGGACGCGCUCACCGAGGCGCUCAGCCACCCAGGCGUGCCAGGAAGCUCGGUCUCGACGUCUCAAGGACCUGACGCAACGCCCGUCCCCGCAAGGACGGAAUCUCACGAGACCGAAGCAUCCUCCGGCAAUCCGCUCCAAAUGAAUAAAGAGCGGAAAUUGAUAGACGAAGUGAUUACGUGUCCUGGGAACCAAGUUGUAUUGGCUGACGACGAAGAACUUGCGAAUAAACGACGAAAAACUGAAUGAGGUUCACUAAAUGCGCUAGGAAUUCGUGAAAGGAAUUACUGGUUGGCGCUGGAUUAUUUAUCAACAAUGUAACUGCAGUCGGUAAAGUCCGGUGUACCAUAUGUUCGACGUGUGCAAUAAAUAUGGUAGUCAAGUAAUGUGAAUCACUGAUAUACAGUUUUGAAUGAAUAAAAUAUGUUCUCUGCGUGUUGGUAUAAAAAUGCGAGCUCAAACUUGAGUUUAUUUGUAAUUUUACCUAUACAUUCCCAUUGAAGCAGAACAAGAGUAACAUGUAGAGUAAAAUAGACAAGAUAUUCUACUUCUGCCAUGAGGCAGUAAAAUUUUUUACUCGAUAUUUUUUAAAUUUAUUUUUAAAUUGUUCUCAUCUUUCAUUUCCUAAACGCACUUCUCACCUCGUAAAAGUCGGCUCGCCAAUCCUCGGCCGCUGAGAUGAAGCUAUAAACCGCAAGACGCCGUAUCUCUGCGCCGCUUCUCUCGACGCCCCUUCUAAUUUUUAUGGCCGAUCUUCCCAUUCAGUGUGGCCUUGAAUGAAAGCUCGUACGAGGGGCAUCUUUUCUGUGGGUAUCGUUUAUGAGUUGUGUUCCGUCUUAACAUUAAAAUUUUUUCGUAACUUUGAUUAAAAAUUUUAAAUGCUUAAUUGUUAAUCCUGUGAGAUUUAAAGAGGCGCAUGAAAUUACAAUUUUAAAAUCCAA